AACUUCCGGAAGUGUUCGGUGGGGUCAUGUGAUUUGCGAAUGUUGCUGCUGCACCCUCUUCCAGAGAAAACCAUGUCGAGUUAGCUUCGUGUUUCUCUAUUCUUUCAGGGAGACUCCAUUUGUUUUUGCUUCGCAAGAUGCAGAACGUGAUUAAUACGGUGAAAGGAACCGCUCUUGGAGUGGCCGAGUUUCUCACGCCAGUUCUAAAGGAAUCAAAAUUCAAGGAAACUGGAGUCAUCACACCAGAAGAGUUUGUAGCUGCUGGGGAUCAUUUAGUUCAUCACUGCCCUACCUGGAAAUGGGCUACUGGGGAAGAAGUUAAAAUAAAACCAUAUUUGCCCCCUGAUAAACAAUUUCUCUUAACACGCAAUGUUCCCUGUUACAAGCGCUGUAAACAGAUGGAAUACUCAGACGAGUUGGAGGCCAUCAUUGAGGAGGAUGAUGGAGACGGGGGAUGGGUAGACACUUACCAUCAUGCAGGUGUAUUAGGUGUCACUGAUGCAGUACAGGAAAUUUCACUGGACAAUAACAAGGACAAAAAUAUGAAUAGCACAUCUGCAGCCUGUUGUGAUGAUGGCGAAGAUGAUGAAGAUGGCGAGGCGGCUGAUAUGGAAGAAUAUGAGGAAAGCGGUUUACUGGAAACUGAUGAAGCCACCCUGGACACUAGUAAAAUGGUGCAGGCUAAAGUGAAAACAGAACCCGGGAGUGAAGACGCCAUCCUUCAGACAAGAACAUAUGACCUUUACAUAACGUACGAUAAAUACUACCAGACACCUCGACUCUGGCUGUUUGGCUACGAUGAAGACCGGCAGCCGCUGACUGUGGAACAAAUGUACGAGGACAUCAGCCAAGACCACGUGAAAAAGACUGUUACUAUUGAGAACCAUCCACACCUUCCUCCGCCCGCCAUGUGCUCCGUCCAUCCCUGCAGACAUGCUGAAGUGAUGAAAAAGAUAAUCGAGACGGUGGCUGAAGGAGGCGGUGAGCUUGGAGUACAUAUGUAUCUUCUCAUUUUUCUCAAGUUUGUCCAGGCUGUCAUUCCCACAAUAGAAUAUGACUACACAAGACACUUCACUAUGUAAAAAUGUGGAUUAUGGAAAAUCAGUGGUUCUGCCUCUGUAUAGAUAUGAUCUGCUUUGAAUAUGAGAGGACGUUUGUCACUCUGAGACACUUGGCAUAGGUGUGAAGACACUGACAAAUGUUUAUCUUACGCAAGAAUAAGUUUUCAGCGGGCAAGGAUGAAAUCAGACAGUGAUCAAAUGUGUCACAAAUCUGCCGUCAAUUUAAGCCGUGCACAUUAAUAAAUGUAAUCAGUAACUAAACAGUGCAAAACGAGUUUCAGCAGUGAUCCACUACUCUUUGUUAAGUUUGGUUCGCUCUGUUAACCACUCGCUUUUAGUAACUAUUUGGUCAUCUUGAGUGCAUACUAAGCUACAUUCCAUUGUUAUGUAGUACUCUCAUUUUAUUUUGGUUCACACCCUGCUAAUACUGCUAAAUUCACUUUUUCAUUGAUCUUGCUACCAAUUCUGACAACAACUAUCUAGCUCUUAUGCUAAAGGGUCCUCUAUUUAGCGUACAUGUGAUGUUUACAGUAGCUUUGAGCUUAAACCAAAUAUUAGAGCCUAAAAUGUGAAGAAAUUGUUGGAUAACUUGUAAGAAAAUUCUUAAUACCAUUGAAUUGAACAAAAAAUACCUAUAAUUGUCACGAAAAUAACUUGAAACUGAAAAAAUAUUAUAUUGGAAAAAACAAAGACUGAGACGAUGUGAGAAAUAUUCAGGCAAGAACCAAACACUGAAGCUGAAAUAUGCAGUAAGUAAGUAAGUAGUACAACAUUAUAUAAAGUUUGAGAGGUAGUGUACCAUCAUUUUUUCCCUGACAAAAACCCAAUAGAACUACCAUUGGGCUUUUUUUUUUUUCAUUUUACCUUUAGUUUCAAGUUAUUUCAGUGACUAUUUUUCUUUAAUGGAAGGGUACUGGUAAUUUUAUCUACCUGUGAAGCUUCUAAGGAAACAUCAGCUCUAGUGUCCACACUUGGUUUCCUACUGUAAAUCUCAACUUCACACAGGUCUGCAUGGUACACAAUAAUUGUUUUUAAUGCCACAUUGAAAGAAUGUCAAGAAAUAAUGUAUCCACCAAACUUGAUUACUCUUUAGUUUGGGUAGCUAGUAGUGGGGUAGUUAUUCAUCACUUUUGACACACCUUGCACUAUCCUGUCCUGCAGUGUAAACAUCAAGCAAGGUUAGAGUUAAAAAAGGAGGCAAACUGGCUUAUUUAAAAUUAUUUACAUAACAUUCAACUUGCUGGAGGGACUAAAGGGUUCAUUACAGCUUUUGGACUAUCUGCACAGGUCUUCAUUGUAUUACUGUACUGCUUCACAUGGAAAGAAUAGAUUUUAUAUACAGUGUAUGUGUAUGUGUAUACACAGCAUGUACAUCUUAGGUUGCCCAAUUUUUGUUUUUUAAAAUAACUGCCAUUUUGUCUUAAUAUUCUGAAUGUUUUGAUGUUCCUUCAGCAGAAGACUGAGAUAUGGCUUUUCUUGAUAUUAAAAUCAUUGCACAUCAUCUCACUCAGCAGCUUGUGUGGAUAACUUGGCAGCAGACAAAAUCUUUGUUGCACAUUGUGUAAAACAAUAAAUAAUAUCAACAGUAAGUUACUGAUGUUCAAUGCAGUCUGUGCUUCUGUGAGCUCUCACUUUGCUCAUAUUCUUGCCAACACUGGAAAGUACAAAUGCUUCAUUACUUAAAGAUUUGUUUACUGUUUCACAGGUCACAUCGGCCAAGUAGUUAGAACAAAUUGUUUUGAUGUUUAAAAGUUGAACUAAAGCUUGUUAGCUGUUGGUUUGGGGGGAAAAAUGUGGCAUUAAAUGAGAUUUGUUCGGUUUUAACAGUAUAAAAUGUAAUAGAACAGGGAAACGUGUGUGCAGAGUAAUUUUUUGGUUGUGCCUAUAUUUGUUUUGUUUAUAAAGUUUUGUUCUUAAUACAUUUCUUAGUGUUCUUAACGUUGACUGAAGUACAGGAAUUUAAUCGGUAAGUUUACCUGUAUUUUAACUACUGUGAUUUUCAGAAUAUAAGGUGCAUCUGACUAUAAGCCACCCCCACCAAAUUUGACACAAAAAUGGCAUUUAUUCAUAGAUAGGCCACACUGGAAAAUAAACCGCGGCUGUCCUCACUGUAUCAUGAAAUAUUUACACAAGCUUUGAACCGAUUCACUGCAAAGCUUUAGUGCUUCAAGAAGCUUUAUUUGGCCAUCACUGCUCCCUGUGGGGAGACUGCUGUCAACACUGAUGUCGCCCAACAUGCCUUCUAGCACGCAUUGCAGCGUGACAAGUGGUGUGACUAAAUAUCGAAAUGGUGAUAUAUCGUGAUACUUUGUAUCCCAAAAGGUUAUCGAUAUGGUCCUGCCAAGAAUCGAGAUACUGUUUUAAAAA